AUGGAUGGCAAUGUCAGUAUCUUCGGUGAUGCUGAGCGACUAGCUCCGGGAAAAGUCAAGCCCAUCAGGAAGCUGAAAUCACCUCAUUGGCAGCAUUUCACGAUAAAAACUCUCGAAGAUGGAUCUCUGCGGGCCUUCUGUAAGUACUGCACAAAAUCUCUCACCUGCGGGCCGAAAGCUGGAACCAGCCACAUUGCCCGGCAUGCCAGGAACUGCCGUAAGCUACUCACAUCAUCUGGCGGGAGCGACGGCCCGAGCCACGUUCCUCGGCCUAUGAAGAAUCGUGAGAAGCUCCAGUGGAAGAGGAAGACCCAGAAGCCACUGCCCAUCGUCCCCAGCUUCUGCGGAAGCAUCAGCGGUGGUAACUUCGUUCUUGACGAGAGCGUCUGCCGCCUGGAGCUUGCUAAGAUGUUCAUCCUCCACGAGCUGCCCUUCAAGAUCGUGGAACACGAAGGGUUCAGGAGGUUCGUGAAAAGUCUCAACCCAGAGUUCGGGACGGUUCAGAGGGACGCGAUUGCAGGCGACUGCAAGACGCUCUACGAGAUGGGGAAGAUGGAUCUCAAGGAAGCUCUGAAAUCAUGCGAGAGGAUCAGUCUCGCCACCAGCAUGUGGACUUCGGAUCAAAAUCUGGGCUACAUGUGCCUCACAGCUCACUACAUCGACGACGGCUGGAGGAUACACAAGAAGAUGCUCACAUUCUGCGUGGUCAAGACGCCGCACGACGGGAUCACAAAGGCCGGCAUCGUCGCGAAGUCACUCGCGCAGUGGGACAUCGACAGAAAGAUCUCCAGCAUAACCUGUGACAACAGCUCGCUGAAUGACGCCAUGUAUGACUCGGUGAAGGCCAAUCUCCUGGAGAACAAAGCUCUGCCGCCGAGCGGCCACUUGUACCAUGUGCGCUGCUGUGCCCACAUACUGAACGAAAUCGUCAGGUAUGCUCUCGAGGUGCUGCACGAUGUGGUUGGAAAUAUCCGGGAAAGGGUCAGAUAUGUGAAGAGCGCGGCUUCUCGAGAGGAGAUAUUCGAUGAAGCGGUGGGUCAGAUGGGUUUGCCCAAGAAGAAGAGCCUCAGCUUGGACGUUGCGGGCAGGUGGGACACCACGUAUCUCAUGCUGGACAGCGCCAUAUACUAUAAAAAGGUCUUCUUGGUGCUCGGGCAGUGGGACAACGAGUACACUCUCGCAUCGACAGCGGAGGAGUGGAAGGAAGCAGAGUUCUUGUGCAAGUUCCUGAAGAUAUGUUACAAUGCUGCGAAUGUGCUGUCGACAACCAGGGGCUCCACCUCCAACAUGUGCCUGCACGAAAUCUGUGCAAUCCACAACUUUCUGCACCAGGAGAUUGACUUCUCAGAGACCACGGUCCACGACAUGCUGCGCGUGAUGCAGGCGAAGUUCGACGAGUACUGGGGGGAGAGCACUCUGCUGUAUGCGAUCAGCACGGUGCUGGAUCCUCGCUUCAAGAUGCUGUUCCUCAAGUACGCCUUCGAGCAGAUAUAUGGGCUCGACUAUGCGCCGUAUGUGGACGAGGUGAGCAGGACCAUCUACGCCAUAUUCUACGAGUACAAGGACCAGUCUGCUCAGAGUGAGGCCAACAAGCACGGCCAUGAGAGCAAGGAGGGGGAAACAGGCGAGGACGACGACAUGAAUGAGGAGACCGAGGUCUUUGUUGGGUACAAUCAGUUUCUCAGCCAGCAGAGCUUGAAGGAAGCGAAGUCGGAUUUGGAUCGGUACCUGGGCGAGAGCGUUGUGCCGCUGAACCAGAAGAGCUUCGACGUUCUGAAAUGGUGGCAUGAUAAUUCUCUGGUGUACCCCGUGCUCUCCAAGAUGGCUCGCACCUAUUUAUCGAUCCCGGCGUCGACCGUCCUGUCCGAGGCCGCGUUCAGCACCAGUGGAACGGGGCUCGAUCGAUUCCGCAGCAGAUUGAGCCCUGAUGUCAUUGAGGCCCUGGUCUGUUCACAAGAUUGGCUCAGAGAUGAAUACACCGAAGGUGGGUUCCUUCUUCUUCUUCUUCUUCUUCUUCUUCCUCUUCUUCCUCUAACUAUCUCCUUCCUUGCAGUGCCGGAUGAUCCGCCAGCUUUGUAA